AUGCUCGGCAUAGGUGACAAAAAGGAAGAAUUAACAAAUAAUUUAGUACAGAUUGGAACUGGCGAGGGAAAAUCUGUAACAUUAGGAGCUACAGCCACAAUACUUGCACUGCUUGGUUUCGAUGUACGUUGUGCAUGUUAUAGUGAAUAUUUAAGUCAAAGAGAUUACAAGGGGUUUUUACCGGUAUUCGAGUCCUUAGGAGUAGUCCAAUAUAUUCGAUACGGUACCUUUAAUAAACUCUGUGAAGAUAUGAUUAAUCGAAAUGGCAAUAUUCGCCAAAUGGUAGAAGAGUUUAUAUUGAAUGGUUCUAGUAGUGCUGCACAAAGUGGCCAACGUAUUGAACGUGCUAAAAUAUUAUUAAUUGACGAAGUAGAUAUUUUCUUUAGUCGAGAUUUUUAUGGUAAUGUGUAUACACCGUCAGCUAGCUUGCGAGAUCCUACUAUUACAUCGCUAAUCAGUUAUAUUUGGACACAAAGAAAAUCGAACUUAAAUCUCAAUCAAAUAAAAGCUACAGCUUAG